CAACAGCACCAUUCCAGAGUUCACCCUUAACCUGGAGUUCUGCAUUGUGGUUUUCCCAGGCCACAUGGCUUACGUUGUCAAUGGUGUGGUGUUCAUCAUCCGAGACUUUGUAUUUGUCGGCCUGAUGGCGGCAGCGGCAGUGUACGUGAUGCUGGUCCUGCAUCGGCACCGCCAGCAGGUUCAGGGCCUGCAGGGGGCCGGGCGGAAGACAGAGGAGGCUUCCCAGGCCGUCCUGCUGCUCGUGAGCACAUAUGUGGCGCUGUUCAGCUUGGACAACGUGCUGUGGUUCUAUACACUCUCUGUCUCCCGCGUGCAUCCAGCCGUCUCAGAUACACGUGUCUUCUUCGCCUCCUGCUACUCUGCCAUCAGUCCUGUGCUCAUCAUCACCACCAACAAGAAACUGGCCACCUACUUUCAGUGUGGCUCCAAACGCAAGGCAGCAGAAAACAUCCCCAGCAGCACAAAGUCAAAGACCUCUUGGGUGAAACCAACACAAUAAGAAUUAAGAGUGGAACUUGGGGAGGUAUGGAGGGUGAUUGUCUUCUGUAAUGAUAUAGUCUAUGAUGCAUCACUUUUGUGGCUCCACAUUUAGUUAAAAAAUAAAUGUAAAAAAUACCAGAAUAAAUGGGUAAUACAUUUUAACAGAAGAAUGUGGUGCUUUACUCCUUUACUUCACCAGUUGCAGCUACACAUUAAAAAAAAUUGAUAAGAGAUUUGAUUCAUAUGUAUUUUCUCUACUUAUUAUGGUAUGUAUGGAAAGAAACCAUUUACAAGAAAAUGUAUUUAUUAUAUAGGGAACAAUAUUCUAUUUCCAGUGCUUAAAAUAAAUAUAUUACAGAAUGAACUAAAAAGUUUUAUAAGACAUCAAAUUCUUGGCCUGUUUUUGGGCCUUGAGCUUGAAAGUCUGUUAUCAAUAUGCCUGCUGACUAAAUUCUCCCUUGAUUUUAUGCUGAUUAAAAUACAUUUAGUACACAUUGAUGUAAGAGAUCAGUAACCACUCCAGUCAACAGACGUGCUGAUUUACUGUACAAUGGCCCAUGCACUACGGCCUCACUGAUAGGUGUUACAGAUGCAUCAUUACAUACUGUGUACAAGUCUUGUUCAGUCUUGUUGCUUUAAAAUGGUAUA